UGUAAAUGGUGCGAACCCAGACUUGCGCGCGACGAACUUCACGGGGACGGAGCAGAAAUCAAUGUCCUCUCAGAUGGAUUAUGCCAAGAAGUCCUUCAGCCUUCUGACUCCCUCCAGCCUGUCCAAGGUUGUGACGUCGAGCGUCUCAGCCAGUGCCUCCAUGACCCAGCAGCUCCUGUCGGGACGAAGCCUUCGACCCAAACCCUUCAGAGUGACGAACGCUGACAGGAGUGUGAAGAAAGGCAUCAUGGCAGAGUCACUACAAGAUCUGAUGAACAAGGUCAGUUGCUCGUUGACUGUAGACUGCAUCAGCACACUGGUUCUGGAUGAAGACGGUACUGGUGUGGACACAGAGGAGUUCUUCCAAACGCUGCCAGAGAACACGGUUCUGAUGGUCCUGGAGAAGGAUCAGAAGUGGAACCCUCAUCCAAACAGCCCCUCCAGGUAUCAGCACAUCGAACGUUUUCGGCAGCACCGCACAGAUGUGGCCAAGCUGACCCUUGACCUCUACAAGAACAACCCCAAGGACUUUAUUGGCUGCUUGAAUGUGAAAGCUACCCUGUACGGAGCGUACACGGUGUCCUACGAUCUGCGUUGUUAUGCAGCCAAAAAGAUCCUGAAGGAGGCUCUCCGGUGGACCAUCUUCUCCAUGCAGGCCACGGGCCACAUCCUGCUGGGCUCCUCCUGCUACAUCGAGCAGCUGCUGGAGGAAGAGGAGCAAGCUGAGAGGAGACUGGCGCUGCCGCAGGAGAGCCGGAUAAGGCAGCUGCAGAGUCUUCUGCUGGGAAAGGGCUCCCACUGAUGAUGGUGUGGUGGACAUGCUAUCCUCCUAGAUUUAGGUCACAGUGUUGAUGACACGGAUACAACAGAUUAGUAAUCCGUCUCUCAAGUGUAAUUUAUUAAUGUGUCAUGGAUUACAACAGUUAGUGUUUUUGCUCUGUUACAUUUAUUUGACUCGUGUAUGAAUAAGGCACCAGGUAUUUUCUCUGAAUGCACUUUUACUCAUGUAAAACUUUUCCUACAGAACCAUAAUAAAUAAAAUUAACUUGU